AUGAAACAUGUGCCGCAAGAUGCGGAGUCGCGUAGAACGAGCGAGAGGGAGGGCCAGACUGCCUCCACGCUCAAAGCCUCCCCCAAGAUGCCCUCCCUAUCUAGCAGACGCAGAGUAGCAGAAAGACAGGAAGGCGAGCCGCCUACAUCCGAGGAGCUCUCAGCACAUCCCACAGCGGGGGAGGAAGAUAAACGCGAUUGCCGAUUCUUGCAUCUCGCGACGAUUCCCUUGCGCCAACACUCCCCAGAGGCUGUUUCUACGCCCAAGCUCUCCGCAAGUGCUGCUGCUGCUGCUGCUGCUGCUGCUGCUGCUGCUGCUGCUGCUGCUGCUGCUGCUGCUGAUGGCCAUGCCGCUGCUGCUGCCGCUGCUGCUGCUGCUGCUGCUCUGCAACUUUCUCCAGAGGAACUGGAAAUCUGCACUCUCUAUAAGUGGCUCGACUCCCUCCCUCUCUCCAGGCCUAAGAGGAAUCUGCACAGAGACUUUGCGGAUGGAGUGUUGAUGGCAGAGGUUGCCAACCACUGCAUCCCGCGGAUCGCAGACCUCCACAACUACAGCACUGCGAACUCCUUUCAGCAAAAACGCUACAACUGGGAAACCCUCGCAGAGCGCGUCUUCAAGCGCAUAGGCGUCAAGCUGAGUAGCACCGAGAUCGAACGUGUGAUUGCGGCUAAACCCGGUGCUGCGGAACGCAUUAUUCUGAAAUUCAAACACAGAGCCGAAGUGCUGAAGCGGCAAGCCACUCGCGACGUUGAAAGCACCCUGAGCGGCAUGCGGCUGCGAAGUCAAGGAUCCGCGGAUUCCUCCUUGCCGACAAAUCAGCAAGAGUGGAUGGCUCUUUUGGCGCAUCGAGACUCAACCAUUCAGGAGCUGGAGGAGACGAAUGCAAUUUUGACGGCUAAAGCUGAUAGCCUGCAGAAGCUAUUGCAGCUUCGGGAUGCAAAGAUUGAGCUGCUCACCAAGGCGCUGAGGGCCGCUGCGGCGCCACCCUCCACCUGA